ACGGCUUAUCUUCACAGCACUCCCGACUCUACAUAACAGCAUAUACAUAGUUGCUGCAGCUGGCGACGUUGUCCUUCAUUGAAUUGGGGGGUGGUGGAGAUUGGCGAUAUGUCAAUGCGUUGGGCGGAACGCUAACGUUGUGCCGAAUAGUCCUUUCGAGAUCGACGCGCCGCGGCGCCGUCGCACGACGUCUGGACCGACUUCUAGUGUGACAUAGGUCUUUUGUCCCGAUCCGGACUCCCUCAAACAUGUCGGUAGCUUGCUGCGAAGCAGAUCUAAGUCUAGAAGCUGCCACAGUGGCGAUCGUGGGGCCGCUGGUUAUUCCUCCCUUCCAGCGCCCACGCGACGAACAUACUCCCCACGCUGCGCCCUCGCCAAGUUCGACUGCCUGGCAAUCCCUCGCGGACCUGGCGUCUCGCACUGGUCGCUCAAUUGCGUGAUGUGUUCUUCUCCUCUUACCUCGUUCUCGGGCGACUGCGUCUUCGCCUUCGUUGAAAUCGUCUGUGCUCGUGCGUAGCAAACUGCGAGGUGGCCAGUAGGGAGGACUGGGAGGAACAGAACGCGGUAUUUUGAGCGCGCUUCUUCGGUUCUAUCGGCUUACUGCUUUUGGGUGGGGCAGGAGCGUCCAUUCGCGGCCCGCUUCCGGUCCGUACACAGGCUCCUACCCACCGCCACACUCGAGUUGAGGGGGCGAUCUCGCC